AUGGAGGAAUUCAGUGAAGAAAAUUUGCCAAAUUUUUCCAUCUUUAGCAGUUCUAACACAAAUGAGAGAUUUCCAUGGUUGCAGGAAGAGGAAAUUAAUACUCUUAGAAGCAGAAACGAAAACUCAAACACCGCCAAGAGCACAAAAACGUGGCUGAGCGUUUUCAACGAGUGGAAACUCCAGCGUAACGAAGCGAGACGUUUUGAAGAUAUCCUUCCAGAAGAGCUAGAUGCAAUUGUCUGCCGCUUCUUAGCCGAAAUUCGAAAAAAAGACGGCGGCGAAUAUGAACCAGAAAGUCUGGCAGUGAUGCAGAGCGCGUUGGACCGCCAUUUAAAAAACGCUGGCAAAAAACACAGCAUCUUGCGAGACCGCGAAUUUGAAAAGUCAAGGCAACAACUUGAGGCGAAAGCAAGAGAAUUUAGAGUGAAGGGUUACGGAAGGCGAAAAAGUGCAUCUCACGCUUUGAAUGAAGAAGACGAAGAAUUCCUCUUGCAGUCAGGUCAGCUCGGUAAACAUUCUGCUCAAGCUCUGGUCAAUGUAAACUUUAAAAAUGUCACUGAACACUUUGGCCUCCGAGGGAGACAGGAGCACUAUUCAAUGAUGGUGGAAGAUUUCAGCAUCAUAACCAGUCCUGACAGCGUUGUCAAAUACAUAACUUUUAAAGAAGGUCCUACAAAAACGAGGCAAGGAGGUCUCCGGAUCGCCCACAGAGCUGUACAACCCAAAAUGUUUUCCGCUGGCGGCGAAAGAUGCCCUGUAAUGCUUUUCGAAAAAUGUUGUCUAGAAGACCACCAGAAAUGA